UGGAAUUAAUGAGAGGAGGUAGGAAUCCCCAAAGGGAGGACCCAGAGAGUGUUCUAGCUGACACAUCCUGGGGACAAUCUCCGUGUGUCUCUGUGGGACGUGUGAGGAUGUUUUGGGUUCACUAAACAAUGCCCAUGUGCCCUUCCGUUAGGUGUCCUGUGCUCCUGAGUCCACACAAUGCCACGAGAAGAGGCUCACUUCGGUUACCCCAGGAAGGGAGGCAGCCACUCUUAUGUCACCACUGAGGAGGCCUUGGGGAUUGGCAUUCUGAUUGUGGUCCUGGGAAUUGCUCUGCUCAUCGGCUGUUGGUACUGUAGAAGACGAAGUGGAUACCGAACCUUGAGGGACAAACGGCUUCAUGCAGGUACCCGGAGUACCCUGAAGGAAAGAUGCCCUGGUGAGCAAUGCUCAUGUGAUGGUCUUGGUCAUCAGGACAGCCGACUGCCUUUUCAAGAAACAAUCCAUCAGCCUGUGGUUCCCAAUGCUCCACUUGCUUACGAGAAGAUCUCUUCGGCCCAGUCGCCACCACCGUACUCAACCUGAGCACCAGCAAGCGGCGGCUGAGAAUGCCGAGAUGAUUCCCCUCCCACUUUUGCUUUAAGGCUGGUAGACACCCAUGUUUUUCUUUAGAAUGCUACAUAAUGUGCAAAUCUACUAACAGGCCAGUGCUGAAUUCUUGCUAGGGCAACCAGAGGAACACUGAGGAAUGGUGAGAAAUUGGAAUCUGGG